GUGUCUUUUCAUAUGAUAGGUGCAGAGGAGUGUCUAGGAAAUUCCUAUAUUUCUGUUGAACUGACGAAAGAUGCACAAGUCCUGGAAGACAUUACUUUGGUCCCUGAUGAUCUGGCUCUGGAAAGCGUGAAAGCAGCUGCACAGCAUGCUUGUCCAUAUUGUCUUCCUGAAUCAGACAAUUUUCAAGCAAUAAUGACGGAAAUAUCUUCUCUUCAGGUCACAUCGAUUUGUCAUAUACCGAAACGAGUUCGACCUCUUCUUUCAGAAAUCUUAGCAUUAGAAUUUCAACAGUCUGUCAAUAGCGAUUUGUGGGGUUUCGUACGUUUGUCUCUCUUUGCUAAAGCAGUUUUGAGACCACCACUUCGAGGAGGUAAGAAGAAGAGGCAUGUUGUAAGUGCUUGUCUACUCUCACGUUUGCAACAAUGGCAAGCAGGAGAUCUGGUAUCUUUAUGGAGCGAAGUUAGAAAUGAUGCCAUUCAUAACAUCAAGGUUCGCAAGUCGUUUACUUUGUCCCAGAGAAACACACGACAUGCCUUGUUUCUGGCCAGUGAGGGUCGCUAUGGAGAUGCUAUGCGGUCAUUGAGAUCUAAUGGUUGUGCUCCUGUGAAUGAUUUGGAUUCUUUUGAAGAACUCAAACUUCGCCAUUCUUCUCAACCAUUGCCAGAAUGAUCUGAUGAUAUACCUCCACCACUAUGUGUGAAUUCAUUGUCAGUUAUGGAAGCAUUGCAAACUUUCCCUCGGACCUCCAGUCCAGGAUUUUCGAAGCUUCGCUCCCAGCAUUUUCUUGAUGCCACCAUAGGAACAACGUCACCAGCAGGGAAGGAAGUUCUCGAGAACCUAACUCGUUGGGUCAAUUUUGCUCUGUCUGGCAAGAUGGAUAAGCAAAUUUCCUCAUGGCUUUCGGGCGCUCCAUUAACAGCUCUGUACAAGAAGCAAGGUGGUGGUGGUAUUCGACCCAUAGCAGUUGGAGAGGUUCUCCGCCGUCUGAUAAGCCGAGUUUGUUGUGCUGCAGUCAAAUCUAAGCUCCCAGAGAUAUUUCUACCAUAUGGGCAAGUAGGUGUUGGGAUUCCAGGUGGUUUGGAGGCAGCUGUUCACUCCUUGUCUAGUUUCAUUGAUACCUAUGGUGACAAUCCAACUUUAUGCUGCCUCAAGCUUGACAUGGCAAAUGCCUUUAACAAUUGUCAUCGUAUUCCUUUCCUGCAACGCCUACAUAGGGAUCUGCCCUAGCUAUUUGGUGAUUCAAUGGUUUUAUCACACGGAGGCCGAACUUAGGUUUGGUCAGAAUCGACUAACAUCUUCGGCUGGUGUUCAACAAGGUUAUCCUUUGGGUCCUUUGCCUUUUUCUCUGGUCAUUCUAGAGCUGAUGGACGAAAUUGGUGCACAGGAGGGAAUAUCUAUGAAUUUGUGGUACUUGGACGACGGAUCGAUUCUUCGUUGGUCAGCGUUCCACUAUCGCUUCAAUGUUAGAGAUGGUAAGAUCAAAAGGGCCAUCUUAUGGACUCCAGCUCAAUAUGUUCAAGUGUGAGGUUUUCUGGCCAACUGGAAAUCCUACAUUCCCAGAAUUUCCAUCAACCAUUGAACGAGUAGCUCAAACAAAUGGAGGUGCUGAGCUGUUGGGUUCUCCAGUGUGGGGAUGAAAUGAUUCCUUUCAGAAUUGCUUCUCAAAGCGAAUAGAUAAGAUUUGGGAAUGUCAACAAAACCUUCAAAGUCUUGAAAAUCCUCAGGUUGAGUUACAUUUGUUGAGAUCAUGCCUUUCAUUGUGCAAGAUCAACCAUCUCCUCAGAACUGUGCCACCUGAUAAAGCCACUUCUCAGUAGCGGCGUUUUGAUGUCAACUUAAGAAAGAGUCUUGAAGGAAUAGCUAACUGCUCUCUUUCUGAAAAUUCGUGGAAACAGGCCACACUGCCAAUUCGUUUGGGCGGUCUUGGUUUGAGGGAAGCCUGCAGAAAUGCCCCUGCAUCUUACCUUGCCACUUGUAACUCCACUCGUCAAUUGAUAUGUCGGUUCCAUUCUCUGCUUUCUCAGUUGAAAGUGUCAUUUUCCAUCGUAAACGAGCACACUGUUCCAGGAGAGCAGGUUGCUCAUGAACGCCCAUGUCAGAGUAUUCCAGACACAGCUCUUAAGAGUGAAAUGACCAGUCAACAAAGUUUGCAGAGUAGGCUGGAUUCUGAUUUAAGUUCUUCCCUCAAAGAUUCUGCUAGUAUUCGAGAUCGCGCUAGACUGAACACCAUUUCUGGCCAACAUGCUGGUGCAUGGUUGCGGGCAUUGCCAAACCUAAGCCUCGGCCUCGCCAUGCUCAGCAAAGAAUUUAGUGUUGCUUUGAGAGUCUGGUUGGGCAUUCCAAUCUUCAACUUGCCUGCUGAUGCCAAGCGCUGUACAGGUGGUGCAAUCAUUGACAAAUUCGGUGAUCAUUUAUUGGGUUGCAACCAAGAGCAGAAUCUGAGAAUGAAGUGUCACAAUGCACUCUGUGAAGUAGUCUUCAAUGCACUCCUAGUGGAUGAUUCUCGUUGUCGUCGAGAAAUGCGAUGCAGUAGGACAAGCAAUUCAAGACAUGGUGAUAUUUUUCACCCGAAUUUCGAACAUGGUCUUCCGACAUACUUUGACUUGACCGUCCAAAACUCGUUACAGCCAUCCUACCUUGUUCAAGCAGCCGCUUGUCCAGGGGCAGCAGCUGCAGCAGGAGAUUUUGAGAAAGAUCAGUGGCAUGAUGCGAUGGUUUCGAACACUGGAGGUAUUUUUCAUCCCCUCGUGGUGGAGUCUUUUGGAUUAUGGACACCGAACAGUUUACAAGUACUUAAAAUUAUAGCGCGAAGGGCUUCGUAUCUGAACAAUGCUGGUAUCAGUAGAUCGGUUUGUAAUUUGCAUCAGCAACUGUCUGUAAAGGUAUAGUUAUACAAUGCUAAGAUGGUGUUAUGUAGAAUGGCUUUAGAUGGUAGAGUUGAUCCCAGUUGGGAUCUGUAAC